AUGUCUGCUAAAGUUUCACAAGCUUGCAAACGGAUUAGCUUAAGAGAAAAAUUCGCAUAUGCCUGUCUACAAUGUUUAUUUGAUUUAUGUUCUGAACAAAAUGAAGAAGACGAAGGUGAUAUAGGACAUCGUAUUGCACAAGUUGUUGCACCAAUACUUUUAGAACGAUGUGCAUCGGUAAUAAGAAACUAUACAGCUGAUCAACCAUUGCAUGGAAAAUAUCCGUUUCCAAGCCUUUCUUCCAGGGUACAAAAUGAUGAAAUCUUAUUAAUCUUGCAACAAUUGAUUAAAUUACGAUUUCGUUCAAAUGUAUUAAACUUUGAAGAUGGAAAAUCUACAAAAAGUCUAUUGAAAAAAGAAAUUUUAUCAGGAUCAAAUGCACAUUUAUUUUAUUUAUAUCCGGUUAUUUGUGAAGCUAUUUCGAUUCCUGAUGAAAAGAUAACUGCUUUAUUAAAAGAAUGUUUAAAGAAAGUUGGUAAUGAAUUAGGAAUAUGUUAG